CUCAGUGAAGAACCGCAGCUCACUGCACCGGCUCUGUUCCGUGAGCUGAACCGUUCAGAGCCGCUCACGGAAAAGAGCUGAGUUGCCCAUCUCUAACCUAAACACUACCGAGAUGCGACCGUACAGUCACAUGGAACAGUGCUGCCACGCCCAGUCCGAUCACAUGACUGAAGUGCAUCUUCUAAUGGUUGAGACAAAUGCGGCUUCCAGUAGAUGAUCCCUCCUUCUCUGCAGUCUGAUUGGUGCACGGGACAAAUCCCAACACUGUGAUUGGCUGAGAUAGGGAGCCGUAACCUUUGCUGCCCGGAGAGCUGUGUCACCUGGAGGUGCCGAGACUUCCUGCAUCUGCUCUGCUCAGUCUGCGCUGCUCUGUGUGUCCCCUAUACCGGGAGAGCAGGUGUCCUAAGUGUCGGUCAUGGCCUCGUACUUCGAUGAACAUAACUGUGAGCCCACAGUUGCGGAGGAACAGUAUCGCCAAAAUGCCUUGCUGGAGCUUGCAAGGAGUCUCCUCAGUGGGAUGGAUCUAGAUCUUGGAGCUAUGGAAUUUGCAGAUUGGGACCAGAGGCUUCCACCACCAGCAUCCAAAAAAGUGGUUGAACACUUGCCAAAAGUCACUGUGACAGCAAAGCAAGCAGAUGCUGCGCUUAAGUGUCCAGUGUGCCUGUUGGAGUUUGAGGAGGGCGAAACAGUGAGGCAGUUACCCUGCGAACACCUUUUCCACUCUGCAUGCAUUCUGCCGUGGCUCGGAAAGACAAAUUCCUGUCCCCUCUGCAGAGAUGAGUUACCCACAGACAGCCCAGAGUAUGAGGAAUACAAACAGGACAAGGUAAUAAGGCACGACGGCAACAGAGGGAGCACCGGCUAGAAAAUCUGCAUGGAGCAAUGUAUACUUGAUGGAAGCUCCACCACCUCCCUGUCUAAUCCUAUGAGACACUUUUAUACCUGGUCUGAGCCCCUGCACUGCUGGGACGAGCUGCGCCACUUGCUCUAUCCUGAACUACGGGCUCCAGCACUAGUCAAAAACCAGCAACUUCUUUUGUUUUUUACUGUUCUCUGUGUGAAAUAGAUUUUUAUUCAUAGUAGCAGAUGGUCUUUCUCAUUAUAAAUUUUAUUUACAUCAGUGGCCCUAAUAUAAUAUGUCCAACACUAUUGCGAAAUUAGCAAAGAUAAAACUGUCAAUAUAGCAUUUUAUACAAUUCACAUUAAAUACAACAAUAAAUCUAACCAAACAUUUAUAUACAUUCCUCCUUAUCAGGGGAAUAUUGUUUUGCUAAAUUCACUAUGCAGUAAUAUUGAGGUCUACUGUAAAAUGAGUAAUCCCCUGAAUGAUUAGUCUUUUGUCUAUAUGUGGACAGACUGGGUGACCAGGAGAGCACACUAGGCUAUGGGUUACUGUAGGAAGACCGGUCAUCUGUAUACCAUAGUAUAAUUGGAGAUACAUAUAACAGAGCUCUGCAUGAAUCUCCUCUAGGACACAACAAUGAAUCAUCCAUAUUGAGAUUGACGGACAGAUAACGGGCAGCAAAGGUAUUUAUUCCUGAUAAAAGAAUGGGUCAUACACGAGGCCUGACUCAGAGUCAUACUCAACUCUUAGGCAUUCAGUUCUUGAAAAUAAAUGCAGCUAUAUGCCUGUAUUCAUAGUUGGACUUGUGAAAGUAGCCACUGUCACUAAUAAUGCGCAUUUGCACCAACCCAAUGCUUGGUGCGAGUGAUCUGUCUGAAAUGACCCGGAAUUCUGCGUAUGCUUACCUCUCAAUAGCCCGCAAUUCCAUCUGCUUGCCCA